AUGGUGAGCUCUGCGUUGCAGAAAAACCGAAAACAAUUGGCUGUUAAAAUCGAAAAUGUUGCAUUUUCAUACAAGAAAAACAAGCCAAUACUCAAAAACAUUACACUUUACGUUCCUGAAGGUAAAAUAUUCUCUCUUCUUGGGUCAAAUGGAUGCGGAAAAACUACCAUGUUGCGGAUGAUAUUGGGCCGCAUAAAGCCCAGACAAGGCACCAUUCGAGUGUUUGGAAUUGAGCCAGGCAGCAGGCACUCUCGCAUACCGGGCCCAGGUGUGGGGUAUAUGCCCCAGGAGAUUUCCCUCAUUCCUGAGUUUUCCAUCGACGAGACGUUACGCUACUUUGGUGCCAUUUACCACAUGCCCGAGAAGGUGAUCAAUGAUCGCAUCAACAAACUAGUCGAUCUGCUGAACCUGCCAGACCGAGAACGACUGGUGCGCCAGCUGAGUGGUGGUCAGAAGCGGCUGGUCUCGCUGGCGGUCACACUCGUUCACCAGCCACCGCUGACCAUCCUCGAUGAGCCGACAGUCGGUGUGGACAGUGUUCUGCGCUACCGAAUUUGGAACUACCUCGAGGGACUUUGCAAAACCGAGGGCACUACGGUGAUCAUCACAACGCACUACAUUGAAGAAGCCAAAGAAUCGCACAAUGUGGCAUUCAUCGAGUCGGGAACCAUUCUGGCGCAGUCGACGCCAGCACAGAUGCAGGAGAGAUACCAGUGCUCGACACUGGAAGAAGUCUUUCUCAAGCUGUGCAUUCACAAGUACUCACCACAAGAGAGCAAUAGUGCAAAUCAACAACUGUCCCCAAUGCUAGAAAGAGGAGUUGUCUGUUCAGAGACGGCACUGCUUGAGGAGGCAGAGGCAGAGGAGAUUACCCUUCGAGAGCGCUUGAGAAAAGAAGUGGACAAGGAGCGACUGAAAGCGGUGAUUUGGAAGAGCUACAUUCGAGUGAAACGGAAUCCCUUGGGCCUGGUCAUGUUUCACGCCAUUCCCAUCAUAACGAUCACACUCUUUACGUUGACAUUUCUGCGAAGUCCACACAACAUGCCACUGGCCGUCUAUCCUGGCGAUAGGACAGGAGGAAACCUCUCGAGAACUUUUAUUGAAAAUCUGGACAGUUACUUCCUUAAGACCUCAGUCUUUCCGACCAAAUCCUUGGCAAUAGACUCGGUGAAACGAGGUCAAUCGUACUAUGCAAUGAUCUUUUCGGACAACUUUACCGAGGCAUUCACAGGUCGCUACAUUGACGUGUACCGUAGUGAGGUGGAUGAGAUUGACAUUGAGCACAGCAAGAUUCGUCUCUACCCGGACAACUCCAACUUUAUCUUUGCAGUGUACAUGCAACGUGCAGUGCUCAAUUACUUUGAGCAGUUUAUGCGGCAGUUUAGCGUCAACAUGGGCUACAACCCAAUUACCUUUAACAUACCGAUUGACGUGAAGCCGCCCAUUUACGGCAAGAUGGAAACUGACUUGGGUCACUAUCUCGUCUCUGCGCUGAUCGUCUUUUGCCUGUACACGCUGCCCAUGGUCAUUGGGUCGCUGUUGAUCGUGAUGGAUCGAAAGGAAGGACAUCAAGAGCGAGCCUUUGUGGCCGGCGUAAAGCCAUUGGAGAUUCUUUGCGGUCACAUGUUGACGUGCUUUCUCGCCGUCGUCUCCACUGUCUCGAUCACCAUUACGUUGGCAUUUGUUGUCUUCAAGCUGGAGAACAAAGGCUCAUUGCUGGAAAUUUUUGUGCUCAUCUUUCUGCAGGGCAUCCAAGGACUGAGCAUCGGCUUGGUCAUUUCCACGCUUUGCGUCGAUGAAAUUUUCGCCAGUAACGAUCUCAUGCAUCCAGCGAAGCAGUCACCCAAAGCAAGACGUACCUUCUUCAGUAUGCCUUGCUUCAGCAAUCCCUCACCCAAGCCUAGCUCCAAGUUUAGCCAUGCUAAGAAGGACAUUCUAAACAACCAGAGAUUGCUGGUGUUAUUUAAAGAUGUAGAAAAUCUAAUUGAACUCAGUCGCCAUUCUUUUUCACGAGGCGGCCGAAUUCUGCAGCGAAUUGACCAGUGCAUAGAGAAAAUGGACGAUAUUGCCAAAGAAAUUGUGCUUGAACAAGGGCAAUUGAAAAAGUUUCUCGAGUCGCGAAAGCAACUCGAGAAGCUGGCUCUUGAGGUGUCUAGCAAUGAAACCCUCUAUCGCUAA